AUGAAGCGCCCACGGGGGGAAAGCCUGCUCGUGCAAUUGGGGAAUUGCUCCACCCCAGGCACGACCAGCAGUAGCGAUAGGAGCGACGAGUACAGCGACGAUUGCAGUGGCGAGUGCAGCAACAAAUGGAAUAAGCGUACUAGCAACCACGGAGAACGGAACCCCCCCGUGGCACCACUGCAUGACGAGGCCGAGCACACCAUGGUGAGGAAGUACCUCAAAGGGAUGAAAAAAAAUAAAGAGAAAAAUCAAUUUUACCACUUUAAAAAAUACCUAGCAGAAAGUAACGUCUUUUUUGUAUUCGUCCACUUGUUUGUGAAGCUGAUACGGAACAGGGACACAGUGGAAAACCCCUACGACUACGUCAUGAAGUACUUCGGACAGAGAAGACACCCCUCAGUGGAUGACGCUCUUCGGAGAAAUUUAAUCAAAGAAAAUAAAAAAUAUAAAACAGAAAAUGAGCAGCUUGUCGGAAAAAUAAACGAGCUGCUUGUCCAGGUGGAAGACCUUCGAAAAAGGGACACCUGCAAUUUUAUUGCAAACUGGUUUUUCAAAAAGGGUGAUGAGCGGUGUAGCUCGUCUGAUCUGUUUGGGAAGGAUUUCAUAGGAAGUUAUCAUAAUGGGGAAGAUGACCCAAGUGGAUACACCACCCGGAACAACCCGAACGGGAUGCAUGCUGAGCAGGACUACAGGGAACCCCCCCACUUUGUAUUCACUAGAGACACAUUUUACCUCUUCCUAAGCUUCCUGGACGAUUCCACCAGAAUGCAACUUCGUGAGGUAUUAACGGGGGGGCCCACCCAUGAGGGGAGAUCUGCCCUGUGCGAGGGGAUACACAAGGGAUUGUCUGUGUUUGUAAAUAACUACUUAUCUUUGGAGAAGCUGGGCGAGACGGGGGUUCACAAAUCGAACAGGGGGAAGCACCGCAGCGCGGGAAUUGACCCCACAUUCAGUUAUCAAUCUUCCAACAGUGCACAUUCAAAGUGA